AAAUUGUUCCGCGUCACCAUCCCGGCCAUCGAACCACCCACUUGGCUUUUCUUCUUGGAGCUUCUGGUUCUCCAACCUCUCGAGCAGAUCUCUGCGCUCAAUCUUCCUAGGCGGAGCAGCCAGUUAGCGGCAGGCUGUGAGCUUCGUGCACAAGGUUGCUUUGCUUGCUUCGGUCCCGAUAUGUUAUGCAUCACAGUCAGUUUUCGGUGAAUUUAGGGUUUGGCACCGCAAUCUCUCGAGGUGAUGCUGGAACGGGCUGCCGGAUGUCUUGAGAACGCAGGACGGCGUUUCUUCCGGGAUCCCAAUGGCGCUAUUCGAGGUCGGAGCUCGAUAUAUUCAACUAUCGGGCAAUACGCUACCACGGGGGCGGAGCUUUUGGUUUUACUACAGCCACCGCAAAGAUCCGCGUCGAAUAAUUUGAACGCCUCAUCGACAACUGGAAGAGCAGCGACAGAUCCACGGCCCCCCGUCCUCGAGUUUCUCUAUCCACCACGCACACAGGAGUUUAUAGCGUCAUGUCUGCUACACUCCCCUAAAAGGCUCGUUUCCCGACGCAGGAAGAAGGCCGUUCCUGGUCUUCCUCGAAACUACUCAUCAGAAGCCACCAGCUUAGAUCGAGGUACCGAGACCGAGAGCCAAUUCUUUGACGAUUCUAAUGAGGUUAUUACCGACGAGGACCGUGUUUUGGCCAGAGAUGAGCUUCAAGCUUUGCUGGAUGAGGAUGAGUUUCAGGAUUACGACAAAACAUGGGGUCUUUAUUCGAAAGCUGGCCACCCUCUCGACCUGAAUUCGGCAUUGCUUGCAGGUUUCAGUGGAUCGGACCGGGAGGUUGAUUGUAGAAGAGCUAAGAGGCUGCUCAGUUCGAUACCCCUCGAGGCGCGGUCCCCCGAGGACUUUAUGCACCUGGCCAAGUCUUAUCUCACCACGGGAAAUUUCCUGGAUGCGAAUGAACUAUGCCGGGAAGCGAUUUCCUAUGGCCGCGGCCUCUCGUGCUGGGCAUUUUCUUUUGCACACGUUAUCAAUAAUAAGCAGUGGGACUGGGUGCUAGAUAUUUGGGAUUCGAGGCCUUCGUGCGAGGAGAACGAUCUGUGGCGCUCUGUUGCCUCUUGGCUAAUCGCUUCUUCUAUACAAAAGCCCUUGGUUGCAUUGGCAGAUUACAUAGAAGUUCAGAGUGACGAUAGCCCAGUACGCAAUGUUGCUCGCUUCUUACUGGAUAAUGUCUUCUCCAGUCCAGAAUUUGCGGAAGCCACCCCAACGGAGACCCUUCUAAUACUCCUGCAAAAAUUCAAUAAUUUGGAUUUAGUCAGCGCCCGGAACUAUCUCAAUCUCAUCAAGAUCCUCCAGGCAUCCGAGCACCGAUUUACGUUUGUUCGAUCCAUUGUGAUCUACCGGAAUUUUCGUUGGCAGAUGGAAGAAGAAAUCCCACCCGCAAAACUUCUUGGUCAGCUCUUGAGACGCCUUGCUUCUUUUGAGAUCACAACUGGUAUCUCAUAUUUCCUUGAUGAACUUACCCGGUUCCAUGACAAGCCGUCGGUGGACGCUUAUAAGCAGGCACUUAUCGCCUUUUCGAGAGCCGGUGAUGUGACCAAUGUUCACCAUGUAUUCGAGAGGCUUGUUUCAGAUCACGGAAACCCACGAAGCCGUAGACUCUUGACUCCGCUUCUUUACGUUUACGCCAGAAUUGGCGAUGUCCAAGAGACCGCGCGCCAGUUCCGAAGGAUUUCCGAGGAGUUCGGCCUUCAGCCAGAUACAGUGUGUUGGAAUAUCCUGCUCACAGCUUAUUCCAAGGCGGGAAACCUCACAGGGACCUUUACCACGUUCAAGCGAAUGCUAGACGAGGGUAUCGAAACUAAUCCCCAUACUUUUGGUAUAAUGAUGGGUCUUUGUGCCAACCGGGGUGAUGUCAGCCAUGUCCGGGAUCUGCUGGAUUUGGCCCAACAACACAAGGUGCAGAUAACGGCUCCCUUGAUUGAUACAGUCGUGGAGGCUUACUGCAAUAAUCAAGAAUGGGACAUGGCCGAGAACGUUGCGGAGACUUGCCUUGGCUUAGAUGUCAGAGGUUCCCGGGUGAGAAUGUGGAACAUCCUACUUUGGAACUACGCUUUCAGGAUGGAUUUGGAAGGCAUUUCGAGAGUUCGCUCGCGCAUGGAUGCAGCAGGGUUGCAGCCCGAUGAUAUGACAUAUGCCGCUCUCAUGCUCAGCCUGGUGCUCAUUGGUCAGACGGAUUCUGCCCGUCGUAUUCUUCGGACGCUCCAUCGAGGCCGUCGAGUAUAUGCUACUGAGUUUCACUACGCAGUCAUCCUGUAUGGUUACCUGAAGGAUCGGAACCGGGACAUGGUACAUAUUGUCUUUCGCGAGAUCAAAGACCGGUUCAACCAGCCGGGACUUGGCUCGAGGCUGCUUGUCCUCAGGAGUCAGAUCCAGCGAGAUUUGCAGCUUGUGGCACACGGUGGUAGGGCUGGUGAUAAUGCAAGUCUUCGCCUUGAGAACUCGGAGAAGUUCCUUGCCGAGGUCCUGGCAGAUUACCACACUACCAAAUUGGCGACAAAGUAUCCCUUGCUGGGCUCUGGCAGGAUGUCUGCCAGGAAGGCUUUCCCAGCUGUUUACUACGAAUACAUUAUCUCUGCUUAUGGCAUGAAGGGGGCUUACAAAUCGGCUCGGAAGCUGUUCGAUGAAUAUAUCGCCAGCCAACCGCCCAGAGACCCGGAAAAUGACCAUGACAUAGCACCACUUCGUCUGCUGUCUGCGCUAAUGCUCGCACACUUGAAGGCCGAUCAAUAUCACAAGGUCGAAGAAUGCUGGAACCUGGUCUUCCCUCGGGCUUUGAAGAUCGCCAGCCCUAGUUCCCCUGAUAUUGAUGAGUGGCUCUCCAGUCAGCUUAAUCAAGUCAAGCCACCCCUUCCUUCUCAUGCAGAGCUCGUCGUGAACGUCGACACUGAGGUCGAGUUCCCCGAGAAGAAGAAGCUCUCAAUCUUACCGGCGUACCGCUUCAUGCUAUCUCGCCCCCUCUCAUUGUAUAUGCGUUCCUUGGCGUAUGGGAACGAGGUUUGGAAGAUCUCCAAGGUUAUCGCAAAGUACGUGGGAGCAGGUUUCGCAAUGACCACCUUCAAUUGGUCUACCUUCGUGCAGAUGCUUGCAUCUUCGGACAGAUUGUCCGAUCAAAUCGAAGCCUUCUCUGUCUUUGAGGAAAGGUUUAUGCCAAACUUUCCUGGAUGGAAUAAUCUUCGUCGAGGAUACGGUCUCAGACCACCCGAGGUGCCUGCCACCAUCGAUGCAAUGGAGGAUCCGAGACGGGCCAAGCCUCCAAAUGUGUUAGGAAAAGAGAGCCGACGAUACUGGAGUAAAAUCCAGCCAGAUUUCAUGCAGCCCACUUAUGUGUCCAUGGUAUAUCUGGCUGCUGCCUUGCAGCGCCUCCGUGAAAGAAGUAUUUACGAUGGGGGAGCGGAACUGCAAGCUAUUUACGAUGCUGCGCCAACGACUGUCGCAGCAGUUGCCGACAUGCCUUACCUUCGUGAAAAGUUCCAAGGUGUGCUGCUCCGACGUCGACAGGAGCAAGGUGAUCAGCUCGCUGGGCGUGAUCACUUCGUAUGGACAGGCGGUAUUCUUGGAGUAGGCGGCUUGGCCAGAUCCGACUCGGAAGUUGAGCCGGCCCCCGAAUCAACAGAGGAAGACAGCAGUGCGACUGAAGACGAGAGCACCGCUUCCAAGCAGACCGAUAGGCUUUCCCCCAUCGCGGAAAGUUCUGAUGUGACCGAUGUCCAAUAUGCCGAGGCUGAACCAUCUCCCUUCAAAAAGACCAUCGACUACCCAGACGAAUAUGACAUUGAGGCCGAGACGCUCCUAGAGGAGCGGGACAAGGAAAUGGGAACGAAGGAGGAACUGAUGGAUGAUGAGAGUCUCGUGGAAUAUGAUGAUGAAGAUGAAGCCGACGACCUGGAGGACACGGAAUUCGAAGAAGGAGAAGGCGAGGAAGAAGAGGAUAUUCUUGAUGCCGACGACCAGGACGAUGUGUAUGACCCUGAAGGCGAGGGGGAGACCAGAUAAAUGUGUAUUUUUAGGAUGUAUUCCAUGUAGGGGUCGGAUGUUCUGGGUUGGCGUGUAUAUAUAUGUGUGUAUAAAGACUUGAAUGUACAGUAUCAUCAAAGCCUAUUGAGAGC